CAAUUUCCUAUUGGCGCCAAAAGCAAAUAUAGAACUUAGCUUUACUAUUUUACUAGCCAAUAUUCUAGGCCACUAUUGACGCUGAAAGUGUGUGCAUAUUGGUAAGUGACUAGAGAUUCUCGUGUCUUCGUAAAUAUAUAUCACAAAACAUUUUCAGAAUGUGUUUAGUCUCAUUAACUGGAUGUUUUGUUUGAGAUAUGGGACAUAUGUCUUCACUUUCGUGAAUUAACGACCAGACCCGGUAACGUUUGGUAAAUAUUUGGCCCGGAUCCGCGGGUAUUUUUCGACCCGUGAAUCCGAUUCGUUGUCGGGUACCCGUUUAAGAGCUACCCUCCUUUUGAUAGUGUAGAAGUACCAGCACGUGUUCAUUUUGUCCAAAAGCUAGGUUUACGAAGCAGCUUUAUAAGCACUGUGAAAUCAAAUAACAGUUGUGUAAAUUUGGUAUAUUCCUUGUACGUAACAUUUGAGCUGUCUCAUUUAAAAGCACAUUUGUCUUUAACGACUCGAAACAGAAGACAAAAAUGUAUAGUGCGGCACAACUUACUACAUUUUGACAAUUUGUCGACAAUAAAUUGCUUAAUGGAAUAUGAAGGCGUGUUUCCCUCACUUAUAUAGUUUCAGUUUCGAUGCGUUGACAACAUACCGAGCGAAAAGUCGAUACCUUGGGAACAAUCUCCACCUCAGCAGCUGCAGCAGCCGCAACCACCGGCCUUCACUCAGCAGCACGUUUAUUACGGACAGCCACAAGGCUACGGGCAAAAAGCUGGCGAUGUUCAACAAGGCUAUGGCGGCGAACACGGGUUUUAGCCCAGCCACAGCCGUCGACGGUACCGUUAGGGCAACGACCUACAGACUUUUUGCUGCCUUCGAUAUUUGCUUGUUUGUGUUGCUUCUGGCCAACUGGGGCCGGCGCCAUCUAUUUUGCAAUGCAGUCCAAGAAUGCGCUUAAUAGUGGUGAUCUGACUAACGCAAACCGGUACUCGGUGAAUGCCCGGAACCUUACGAUUAUUAGUAUUGUGAUUGGAGUGAUCUGUAGCGUCGUAAUCAUCGCGAUGCUCGCAACAAAUUUCUUCAGAGGAACCACCACGAAUUGUACCUUUGGCAACUGCUAAGAUGUCUCCUCGGUGAUUAGUCGGAGAGAAGAUAGUGAAAAGUGUCGAUUAUAGUUUUAAAAGUUCUAUUACUGUAUUAUAAGAUGGCUGGAUUUUAGAACUGCACGUUACAAGUUGAAUUUUAUUUUUAUGCCUAAAAAGUUGAUGUUUCAUGACGACUAACGAAAUAAUGUUGGCGCAAUGGUAGUUGUCAUAUGUAAUUUGCAAUUCAUUUGCUUCAAUAAGAUUACUGAAUUAUGCAUAGCGUUUUCUUGCGAUGGUUUUUAAAAUAUUAUAAUUAAUAUUGCAAGUCGUUAUGAAAAAUCUGUAACACUGACUUUUCAUUGAGUUUUAAAGAGUUUUACUGUAAAUUAUUUAUAACAAUAACUUUAUUUCAUAUAUUUGUAUUUAAAAACCGACAAAUGUCAUGACUUACUUACAAUAUCUAAAUGUCGUGGUAGUUUUAUCAUAAAGAAUGUUUACGAUAGAUGUACUUGCAUUAAAAUUUAAUUUUUGUGAAUUGUUGCUGUUUGCAAUAUUUUGUUUAUUUCGAUUGAUUAAUUAAGGAUAUUGUGUUGCCAUACAACUCAAUAUGAAUAUACAUAACAAAUGUAUGUCUGGAUUUUUACAACCAUAAUUGCGAAAAAUUUGAGAAAUCUUGAUUCGAUGAUCUUAACAUUAAACUUUGUGAUAAUAUGUCUCUAAAUAGUUAAAGUAUUUGACGAUGUCUUAUGAAGACUUUUUGUUUAAUGUAAACGUGCAGUUUCCUCUGAUUUACAGGAAAUCCUUUUGUAAAUAUUAUUAUUAGUAAUAUUAUUGAAAUGUUUCAUUUUUAUAGAAUUUUAAUUUAUGUUUUUGCUUUGUUUUAUUUCUUUACAUCAUAAUGAGUUGUGAAUAACUCAGGGAUAAUAACAAGUGGUUUGAACUACACAAACGGUGUAACUCCCACCUCCCAACUCGCACAGAACGAUCCAAUGCAGUGAACUCAGUACCUCGUUUAGUGCAUUGUCGGGCUUUAUUGGCAAUCUGCCAUAUGCGAUAAAUGAAGAACUAUGUGCUAUACACAUGGCGUACCUGAGGUUUUACCAUUUUAUGUUUAGAAAACAAUACUUAAUACAAUUACGAGUAUGUAAAACGUUAACACAUGAAAUAAUUCAUCUCAAGUGAAAAAUCUAGCCUUUCUUUUUUGAGGCCUUUUGACAGUGUCGAAAUGUAAUUAAUGCUGGGAGCGUAGAUUUGUUUUACCUCGGUUUUGACAAUACACAACAAUGUACAAUGUUGCUGUCUGACCCAGUCUUGACAAUAUACAAACAAAUGAUGAUUUUUCAUCAUAAUGUGUACUUAUUAUUUCAUUAUUACACUUUAUACAUGCGUUUAUUAUUUAUACAUGCUGGCAUUUUUAUUUAUUUUUUUAUUCCCAUUAUGUAUUUUGAGUGCUAACUAUCAAACAGCUGUCUUACAUUGUUUGCCUGAUUCGAUGAUGAAACAAUGUUCAGUAGGUUAAAUAAUGAUAACUUUUGCACUUUAUACUUAGUACGUAAGCUGUAAAUGCCUGUCGACAUUGUUUUAUUUGAACUAAUUUGUUCUUUAAACUCCAAGAAAAAUUUAACACAAUAUUGCUUGUUUCAAAUUUGCCUCGACAAAAAAUAUGUCAUCACACACACAAUAUAUAUAAGAAACUUGACAUGUUGAUCAUUUUGUAAAAAAACUAGCAUUUCAAUAAAAACAAUAUUUGUAGCAAAAUAUUAUAUACUAUGUUUAUGUUCGUAUUGUAAUAUUUAAGCUUUUCAGACACCUGUAUAGUAAAGCUAAUGACAUUUAGUUUUUACUUUUCUGAUUACUCAAUGUAUGUCAUUGAAUGUUAUAACACACAUAAGUUUAGAUAUUUUUGCAUAUGCACACUCAAUAUAACUGGACUUAAUUUCUGUUUUUUCUUCUUUUAUCUCAAAUUAAAGUGCAUGAUUCUUUUAUUAUAAAUGUAUUUUCACGUUUGUUAUUAUAUAUGUAUUUUCAUGUUUGUAAUCAACCGUUGGAAUUAAAUACAAUACAAUGUUGACUAUUUUUCCACUUGUAUGUACGAGUUUAUUGCAUAGAACUAUUGCUUUUUAAAUCGUUAACUGAGCAAACUAGAAAACGUUAUGUAACAUAGUAUUUGUAGAAUACAAUAAACGUAAACAGAGUCCAAUUC